AUGAUAAAUAUUUAUGUUCAGAUGCUUCUAAUAAUUAUUUUUUGGAAUUCUGAUUGUCAGAUUAUUCCCAGGAUUGAAGAAUGUGGACUUUCAUGUUCUCAGGGGAUUCAUUGUAAAAGCAAACCUUCCAGUGGCAUUUUCAACAGCUUCUGCCAUGAUGCUCCUGCAUCUCUACCUUCUAUGGUACUGAAAAGCAUGAAGAUCUCAACAGUGAUGAAAUGUGUCCAAGGAAGCCCAUGCUCUCUUCAUUUAAACAUUAAAGGAACCCUGAGUCUAGAUGAGAAUAUCCGUGGGCUGGAAAUAUGUUCUCUUUCACUGGACACACAGCAAUCUCAGUGCACAAAUGUGAGAUUUGCUAGGAAAAAGAGCAAGAUGCUUAAUGGAAAGAAGGUACAGGUACAAUUCAAUUGCAUUGAAGUCAAUGUAGCACAACACAUCUAUGUGACCAUGAAAACAGUACCAAAUUACUGUGAAGUCAAGCUGAGUCAGGAAUACUAUGUUGAAGAUUGCAGGAACAGUGAUGUGGGAAAAUAUAUUUCAGCUUGUUCAGCUGGAAAGUUUGAUUACAAUGUAGACAGGGCAAGGAAAAUUAUAUCAGUGAAUGUAUCCAACUUUCUUCAGGAUCAAGAUUAUUACAUUCGCCUGUGCCACAAGUGGUUUACCUGUGAAGAUGUAGGGUCAUUUGCUGUGAUAAAAGGGAAGGAAUCUUUAAAAUCAGUUUCUCUGAAAUAUUCUCAGCUACUCCCUUGUCUUUGCAUUGAGGGUUGGCUGGCAAUUCCAGAUGCAAGGAGGAUACAACUUUGUCCCUUUGAAAAUGAUACGAAGGUGCUAUGGGAUAAUAUUGUUUACAACCCCGCGACACAAACCCUAGCUUGGGAGCCAGCCUGUCCUGUGCUUGUCAUGGUUAACCUAUGCAGGUUAAUGAAGUCUAAUGACCACUGUGAAGAUAUACAAAACUCUUUCAAAAAUUCUCCUGAGAAAGUUAAAUAUUCUCGUGUGGACACUCACCCAAGACUUUGCAUGAAGUUUACAACCAAGCAAGGCUCUUGGGUUAAAUGUCCAUUUGCUCAUGGAGAAUUUCCAGCUUGGAAAAUGAGAACUGCUGCAGUCACAGAACAAAUACAAGUUUUCUUCACAUCUCAAACCAAGGCACAGUUCUCAGUGCUUGUGUGUAACAGGACGCAGCUGACCUCAUGUGAAUCUGUUGGGAUGCACCAUUCAGUCUCUGUGGGCUGGAGGACAGAUGUAGAUUAUUCAGUUCCACUGCAGAUCUGUGAUAUCCACUGUGGUUUUCGUGGUCAGACAUAUGGUGAUGGAAACCCAGCAAAGGCCAUGGCACACAGAAUGAAGAGUGUGCAUUCCUUGCAUUGA